AUGGCUUUUACCAAGGGCGGCGGUGCCACGCUUAGCGUGCCUGUAUUCAUCAGACAAACGCGAGCGCUGGUUCAGAAGAACAUCAUCCAUCUGCGGAGGAGAUGGAUCUCGACGAUAUUCCAAGGGCUAGUGCUGCCUCUGGCCCUCUUGGGAAUCCUCCUUAACAUCUACAACUUUAGCAGUCCAAACAGCUUGAAUGGUUUCGGAAGAACCUUCAAGAUCAAGACACUCAAAGAGAGCUUCGAGAGUGGCUCUGGGGACCUCGUUUUCGUGUACAAUAACACUCUCGGCCCCGACGUGUCACAGGUUGUGGGCAGGGUCAAGGAGCCGCUGGCCCAUUUGUCGAGCAGAUUGGUAGACUUGCAGGAUCCCAAUGCUGUUUUUGAGUACUGCAAGACCAAUAGUCAAGGAAUCUCUGGUUGUCACGCUGCAUUAAUCUUUGUGGAUUCUCCUCUGACACCCAGGACCAAUGGCAGCAGCGGCGUCGGUAACUGGAGCUAUAUCAUCCGAACCGAUCCAAGUCGCACCGGAAGCGAAUACUUUUGGUCACAAAACGUAAACGUCAACGAGGAAACUCCCGUCACUAAGGUCAGGGUCCCCUUGCAACUCGCCGUAGCCUCUGCAAUCACCAAUGCUACCUACGAUGCUUCACUCUUUAGCUAUACCGGAAAAAGCCAAGAGGAAGCCGAUCGUGACAAGUGGAAGGGAAAGGCAAGGGACACACGCGGCACGAAUAGUCUGCUCAACUUCCUGACACUCAUCAUCCCGGCGUACCACGUUGUAGCCAGGAUCACCACAGAGCGCAAGGAAGGCGUGUCGCAGCUGGUGGAUGUCAUGGGAGGUGGUGCUGCUGCCAGAGUGUACAGCCAUGUCCUGGUCUUUAAUGUCCUCUAUCUGCCUACAGCCAUCAUCUCGGGAGUCUUUUACCACCAGUUCUUGUUCCCUAGAGUGAGUGCCGCCAUGGUAAUAUUCUGGUACAUCCUCUUGACCAUGGCCGUCAUCAACUCUGCUAUUUUCGCAGCAGCUUUCUUCCAGGGUCCUCGGAUCUCGAGUGUUGUCGUUGCCACAUGCUUUAUUGCUUUGGCGGCCGGCGCUAUCAUUGAUGAUAACUCGAGGACAGCCACCGACCAGAUGAACCUCGGCCUCUCGUCCGUUUUCCCCGCCUGCAAUUACAUUUACAGCAUCGCCCUGAUGAGCUGGAGGGCAUACAAAGAAGAGACAGUAGAAUUUGGCAAGACCUACUUUGACCUCUGGGCAAGCGAAUGGGUGAAGAAACGCAAUCCGACACACGGCGUAGCCAUGUGGCACUAUUUCAUCUUUGCCAUUCUGCAGAUUAUCAUCUACCCCUUGCUCGCCGUGCUCGCGGAGCGCCUCAUCCACGGCAUCAGCUUUGCUCGUAGGGAAUUCCACGACGACGAGACGGCCAAGGCGGCACCUGUUUCGAUCCAGACGAGCGAGCUGAGAAAGGUCUACACCCCUUCGAUAUGGAGGAAGAUCUUUUGCUGCGGCGCCCGCAGGGGCGCUGUCGUGACCGCCUUGGACGGUAUCGACCUGACGGCGCAGAAGCAGCAGAUUAUGUGUCUGCUGGGCGUGAACGGUUCGGGCAAAACGACUACGCUUGAGCUCAUUGGAGGCAUGCAAAAGUCAACGGCCGGAAGCGUAAAGAUCAACUCGAAUUUUACAAAGCUCGGCGUCUGUCCCCAGAAGAAUACACUCUUCCCUUUCCUUACUGUCCUGGAGCAUGUCAAAAUCUGGAGCAGGAUCAAGCAUGGCAGCGAGAGCAUUGAAACGCUUACCAAGCUAGUGGAAUAUUGUGAUCUUAAGCCAAAGAUUAACAGCCACGCACGGGAUCUUUCAGGUGGUCAAAAGAGAAAGCUUCAACUUGCCUGCAUGUUAGCUGGCGGUAGCGAGGUACUUCUUCUGGAUGAAGUUACCAGCGGCCUAGACCCUAUUUCUCGCAGGGCUAUCUGGAACAUCAUUCUUGGCGAGCGAUCCAAGAGGUCAAUGAUUUUUACCACACACUUUUUGGAUGAAGCUGAGAUAUUAGCCGAUCAUAUCACACUUCUGUCCAAGGGUAAAAUCAUGUGCCAAGGCUCUGGCGCUGAGCUGAAGAACCGGUUUGGAGAUGGCUACAUUGUCCAUAUUCCCAAGAGCGACGAUAAACCGGCUCCUGACAUGGGCGUGCCGUCCAGUGUGCACCAGGACAGGGUCCGAUACCACGUCGCAAAUACCAAGGCAGCAGCUGCGCUCAUAACCAAGCUGGAGUCUCAAGGGAUUUCUGGGGUUGCCAUGGCGGGCCCUACUAUUGAGCAGGUGUUCCUUUCGCUCACCAAGGAUGUUGACGAGACGCUUCGUAGGGAGCUUGGCGAAGACGCAAGCAAUGGACACACCACGGCUUCAGCGACUCCCGGCGGUGCCACAGCGACGACAACCGCCGCACUCGUGUCUGGGAAACCAAUCUCAUCGUUCAAACAGGUUCUGAUUCUCAUGAGGAAGCGCCUCACAAUCCUCCCCCGCUACUGGGUGGCCCCCUUGCUGGCACUCGGUCUUGCGGCUGGUCUCCCGGCUGCUCUCAGGCCUCUACUGAUUGACGAGAAAGGCCUACCGCCCUUUUAUUACGAGCGACCCAACUGCACAAGCCCAGCCCAGGAGAUGAGCUGGGUGCCACGGUAUGAAUACUUGAGGGAACAAUAUGUCGGGACGUCGUAUUAUCGAUCCUCUGGAAGUCGACCUCAGACAUUUAUCCCCGUAGGGCCGUCAUCUGCGGGCCCGGCCCUGGAAAGAGCUAUGCGUACGACUCCAAUUGGCGGAGCUUGGUAUAACCACACGAGGGACUUCCGUAUCUACCGCGUGGAGGACACGCAGGAGUCGUGGCUUCAGUCCAUUAAAGACUCUACUAUGAGUGCCAACUACGGUGGACUUUUCAUCCUCGACAACUCCACGACCUCGUCGUCUGCCAUCGUCGCCAACAGCUUGGAAUACUCUGCUCCAGCCAUGGGUCUGGUAGGGCUGUGGACUGCCAUGCAAAGCGGUCAGAACAUUUCCGUGUUCACUGGCGAUCUUCCGAGGCCUUACUUGACGAGCGUCGACGAAGGUGACCUCUCAGUCAUGUAUGCAACCUUUGCCACGUUGAUCCUGACGGUAUACCCCGUCUUCUUCGCCUUGUACCCGGCCUACGAGAAGAGCCACAACGUGCGGGCCCUGCAGUAUGCCAAUGGAAUCCGGCCGGCACCCAUGUGGAUCGCCCACCUGCUGUCGGAUUUUGUGGUGGUCCUGCUUGUGUCUAUCGCCUUGACUGCAACGGUUGCGGCACAGCUCCCUAUGUUUUGGAACCCGGGCUUCCUGUUCUUCGUCUCGAUCCUCUACGGCCUGGCGGGUAUUCUCAUAGGGUACAUUGUCGCUUCAAAGCUCACAAAGACGCAGCUUUCGGCUUUCAUGGCUACGCUCCUGAUACUUGAGGUUCAGUUCGUCGGCGCUGUCCUCUCCUUUACGCUGCCGCGAGCGUAUAUUGAGCCUCUGAAGGUUCGGGAUACAACCGAAACCCUUGCAUGGGCGCUUGGAGUCUUCUUCCCCGUCGUCAACGUUUUCAAAUCCUUCAUGAUCGGACUGAACACGUUUAAAAUUGUUUGCCGGGACAAUUCAGAAGUCUCGUAUCCUGGAGAUAUAUACGCCUACGGUGGCACUAUUCUCCUACUCCUCAUUCAGGUCAUGGUUCUGCUGUUGCUCCUCAUCUGGCUCGAGUCGAACAACAGCUUCUCGGCGUUGGCCGCUUUCAUCAGGAGAUUUACAAACCGCAAGAGUGACACCGGCCCUCGCUCCGCUGGCUCCAUGGACGAGGAGGCCAGUACCACUGGUAGUGACAUGAUGACCAAGGAGGUGGCCAGGGUCGGCAUGUCGACGACGGACCUUUUGCGGGUGUCGCACGUAUCCAAGUCGUACAAGUCCAACCUGGCGGUCGACGACGUGUCGCUCGGCCUCGGCGAGGGUGAGAUCAUGGCCCUACUCGGUCCCAACGGUGGCGGCAAGACUACGACGGUCAACAUGAUUAUGGGUGAGCUCCGACCGGACAGCGGCAACAUCCACGUGCGCGACAUCGACGUGCACAAGCAAACGCGGCUGGCGCAGCGGUCACUGGGCGUCUGUCAGCAGUUCGAUGCCCUGGACCUCAUGACUGCGCGGCAGCACCUCGAGUUCUACGCACGCAUCAAGGGCGUGCCCGACGUCAAGAACAACGUGCAGGUGGUGCUGGACAAGACGGGGCUGUCGCCGCACGCCGAGAAGAAGGCAUCCAAGCUGUCGGGCGGCAACAAGAGGAAGCUGUCGCUCGGCAUCGCGCUGAUCGGCAACCCGGACGUGCUGGUGCUGGACGAGCCCUCUUCCAGCAUGGACGCGGCGUCCAAGCGCGUCAUGUGGAGGACUUUAUCCGAAAUCGGGCCCGGGCGGUCGCUGCUGCUGACGACGCACAGCAUGGAGGAGGCGGAUGCCCUCUGCACGCGCGCCGCCAUCUUGUCCAAGAACCUGCUCGCCAUCGGCACCACGCAGGAGCUGCGCAGCAAGUACAGCGACAUUUACAACCUCGACCUCGUGCUCAAGUCGGCGCCGCAGACCAACCCCCAAGAGGCCAAGGCCGUCGAGGACUGGGUCCUCUCGCGCUUCCCGGCCGUGAAGCUCGCCGGCGAGAGCCUGGGAGGCCAGAUCAAGUUCACGGUGCCGGCCAAGGACCCCAUCGGGCAGAUGAUGACGGCGCUCGAGGAGAACAAGGAGGAGCUGGGUCUCUUGACGUACGGGCUGGCGCAGCCGACGCUUGAGAACGUCUUCGUAUCCGUCGUCAAGGACAACUACGUCGAGGAGGACGGGAAGAAGAAGAAGUGGUGGCAGCCAUGGUGAUGGGUAACUUGGGUGCACUGUUCUAUGUAGUAGCAGUUUCAUGUAAAAAAAUCGAUUCAGAUAACCAACCCCCCGG